CGCGCCUCUGUAACGUGUAACGACUCUAAUUCCUUUAUUUUUUUCUCAUUUCUCUUGUAACGAUUCAUGUCUUUCCCUCCAAAAGCAAUCCCCCUAGUCGCUCCAGGACAUACCCGUCCGGUCACUCACCUUUCAUUCUCCCCUCUUCUUGACGACGGAGCGUAUCUUCUCGUAUCAAGCUGCAAGGAUGGCAACCCCAUGCUUAGAGAGUGGACUGGAGAUUGGAUUGGGACUUUUCUAGGUCACAAAGGUGCUGUCUGGAGCACGAAACUCUCCCUCGAUGGCUCCAGAGCCGCAACAGGUAGUGCAGACUUCACCGCUAAAGUAUGGGACACAUACUCUGGCAGCCCUCUGCACUCUUUCCCUCAUAAUCACAUCGUUCGGACGGUCGCGAUGUCGCCGUCAUCGUCUCAUCUUCUGACUGGCGGUCAAGAAAAGAAGGUUCGAAAAUUCGACCUUACGAGGCCAGACGCCGACGCGGACUUCCUCAGCGAACAUGGGACUAGCGCGCACGAGGGAACGGUGAAAAGCGUAGUCUGGGUCGGGGAGCAUACUGGAGUUUCGGCAGGAGAAGAUGGUCUCCUCAAGUGGUGGGAUUUACGCUCACACCAACUUACCACCUCUGUCACGUUCCCUAACCCAAUCACCUCCAUGGAGCUAUCCGCACAGACACGUCGUCUAGUCGUCACCUCGGGCAAGACGGUGGCGUUCAUCCCUGCCUUGCCUACCGGGGCACCUGCGCAUACUUUGAGCUUACCAUACUCCCCGUCGUCCGCGUCUGUGCAUCCAACACUGCAAGACCGAUUUGUGACGGGAAACCUUGCAGACGAGUGGGUUCGCGUACAUGACAUGAAUGGCGAAGAGAAAGAUGUCCUCAAGGGUCACCACGGUCCCGUACACUGUGUUGAGUUCAGUCCGGAUGGCGAAGUCUUUGCUAGUGGAAGUGAGGACGGCACGAUCCGACUAUGGCAAACAACACCAGGAAAGCCGUAUGGUCUCUGGCAAGGGCAUGUGAAUGGGGGCUAGACUUAGCUGCUUCAUAUGUUUUUCGAUCUUAUUCUGGAGGUUCACCCAUGUGUCAAGAGACGCUCUGAUUGUAUUGGCACUCUAAGGAAAGUGUUUGAUAAACCAUAUAUACAGAGGGGUUCUCGUGGAAGCACGUCCUUUUAAUAACCAGCCAGUCACUGGGUAUCUAAAUGGCGAUAGCCAUUGAUACCAAUGAAUGCGCGUUCG